GGGGUCAUCAGUCAUGGUGAUCGGCAGGAAAAACCGCAGGAAAACUAGUGAUCAGGACUCCUCUGAAGAUGUUUUAACCAUGAUGUCACUCUAACCUAAGGUCAAAAACAUAUUGCUCUUCUUUGCAGGUCUGAAAUCCUGCAAAUCAUGUUUAUUUUGGAAUUCCUUGCUGGGAGCAUCUCAGGUGCAGUUGGAUUGGCUGUUGGACAUCCACUAGACACCGUGAAGGUGCGUCUCCAGGCUCAGAGUGAAUAUAAAGGGAUAUUUCACUGUGUGGCUAAAACAUACUCUCAUGAAGGACUCCAUGGAUUCUUCAAGGGCAUGGCUUUUCCUGUGCUGACCACAGGCCUGGCCAGCUCCGUUGUGUUUGGCUCUUACAGUAAGGCUUUAGAUUACAUCACUCAAUCUCAGCGUGGUGACCGCAGCCAAGGUAAACCGGCCUCGGCUGCACAGGUCUUCACUGCCGGCUGCUUCUCAGGCCUGGUGCAGGUUUUUGUUUGUGCACCCAUUGACCUGGUGAAGGUGCGUCUGCAGGGUCAAACCACUGCUACCCGAUACCGUGGACCCUUUCACUGUGUGGCUGUCAUCCUAAAGGAGGAGGGACCCAAGGGCCUCUUCAAAGGAGGAUUGGCCCUGGCACUGAGGGACGUCCCCUGUUAUGGACUUUACUUUUUGCCUUAUGAGGUCACUCGUAAAGCUCUGACCAAGAGCGGUGAGCAGCCAGGUACAUAUGCAAUAUUGAUGGCAGGCGGUGUUGCGGGCGUGGUCACGUGGGCCUUCGCCACACCCAUGGACGUGGUGAAAGCCCGGCUUCAGAUGUCCGGGGCUGGUGGUCGGGAGUACAACGGGGUCCUCCACUGCAUGAGAGUGAGCAUCAGAGAGGAGGGAGUGAGGGUCUUUUUUAAAGGUCUCUUACUAAACAGUGUGAGAGCGUUUCCUGUCAACGCUGUCACCUUCCUCACCUACGAGAGUCUGAUGAAGAUUUUCUUUCCGCCGGCAAGAUGACCUCACUUUUUUUUUUACAGUUGAAUAGAUACACUCCUCCUCGCCUUACAAAAACAAACAUCUUCCUGAUAGUGUUUAGAUUUACCAUUUGACUGUAGGUCACACGUUCUCAGGUUUACCUAACAUUAUUAGAUGAUGACUAUUGAAAUACUGUUUUUAACUCUUAAAUCUGUGGAAUAGGUCAUCUCUCAUCCAGAUCAUGUCAAACACCUAAAUGCACUUCAACUAGGGACCAUGUUUAAAUUGUGACUUGAACAGUAUGCUGUGAUAGAGGAUGUUAUAAGCUGCUCAUGUGUGUUAGGACUCAUUCAUUUUACUUGACUAUGUGAAAUGUAAAUGUUUAACCACAACACUAUAUUCUUAAUGUUUUUCACUAUAGUUUCUUUUUUUUUCUUUAAAUUUUAAAUCAUGUUAUUCCCAUGAACUGGACACAAACAGUUAUGGAUUUCCUAAUAAACAAUACAAAUAAUGCAACUAAAUUC